AACAAUUUGAGUGACAGAGACGGAAAAGAUAAAGUAGAACAACGACACUAAAGGGAAGGAGUAACAUUUUCAAAAAGCUAAAAUGGUCCGACCUAAAGGGGUGAAACCACGUCUGUGCAAUCGCAUCUGCAUGACCCAAAUGGGUCAAACCUAGAAACUGCAAAAAUACAAACCCGCAAAACCCAAUCAUCCUCUACGAAACUUCCUGGUUUAUUUUUGUUUUAUGUCAUAUAUAUAAGUGGUGAAACUCAAUUCAUCUUAUCACUCCGGUUCCCUUAAAAACUUUCAAGAUUUUCCACUCAUGGGCUGCUCAAAGGAGCAACUGAUAACCUAUUUAAAGGAUCUCCAAAUUGAUUUUGAACAAUAUGAGCACCCUGUUGUAUUGACUGUUGAAGCUCAGGAAAAAUAUGUUGGACAUUUGAAUGGUGCACUGAGUAAAAAUCUGUUCUUGAAGGAUAAGAAGCAUAGAUUUUAUAUUGUUUCUGCAUUGGCAGACACCAGAAUAGACUUGAAAAUUCUAGCUCAGAGGCUCGGAUUGGGAAAAGGAGGUUUGAGGAUGGCCCCAGAAGAUUCACUGACAGGGAUACUUCAGGUACCCCUUGGUUGUGUUACUCCAUUCGCGCUUUAUAAUGAAUCUGCAAGGGGUGUCUCUUUAUUAUUAGACCAAGGGAUGAGAAUAAAGGAGCGUUGCUUCUUCCACCCACUUUCUAAUGAUGUGACCAUUGCUAUUAACACAAGAGAUCUUGAUAAGUUUCUGAGUUCAAUUGGAAAGCCAUCAAACUAUGUUGAUCUGGAGGAUAACCCACCAGUCGGGAAGGAUCAACCUCCUGAUCUUGCUUAUGUUGUUCCAUCUGAUGUCCCGACACUGCCUGAUAAUAUCGAGAAGUCAGCUACCUCAGUGGUUCCUGAGAAGAAGGAUCAUGUUGCUGCCGAUAUAAAACCAGAAGUUAAAGCAAAAACUGCCAAGACAGCCAAUAAUUCAAAGAAAGAUACUUUGAGUAAUUCACUGGGCUCCGCACCUACUUUUAUUGAUCCCGACAAAUUUGUUGAAGACAUCCUUGGAAAGGUGUCGAAUGUAGUUCUUUGUGAGGUCAACAAUGAGAAUAUCAACCAGUAUGGUGACCAACUUGGCUCUAUAGUUUCAAACAAUAUCAAGAGGAACCUUAGAGCUGAAAUGCAAAACAUUGCUACAAUGUUCAAGAACACUGCAUACACAGAUGGGUUUCAUGCCGGCAUCCACAGUCAACGCAAUCGAAUGUGAGUGUGUUUCUAAUGAGAUCUCUUUAGUUCUGUUCGCCAGAGCUGGUAGUCCACCACUCAACCGUGCUCAGAGCACUGUUUCACUUUGUUCGGCAGUUUUUUUUAAAUCGGCAUGUUCUUUAUUUCAGAAAAAAUGGCACUUGUUUUUCUCAAGUAUUAUUUUGGUUAGAUUUUUUCAUUUUGGAACUUCUCAGACUAUUAGUGAAGUUCAGCAGAAAAGGCAGUGGGAAUUAAUAAUUUAAUUAAUAGAGGAUGAGCAACGUGGUUUUGUUUUCUAAAUUCCAAGUAAACAUGGAAGCUGAACUGAACCUUUUUCUGAGCCUAAUCGAGGUUCAACAAGCUUAAUAUUUAAAAAUACGGAGUUGAAUCUAGCUAAGUCUUCAAUUUAUUUUUAAAAGAUUCCUGAAAAAAUAAUAAUAUGCAUAUUGAGAUUUGUGAUGUU